AUGAAAGAUCCAGUAGUGUUGCAAGGGAUUCUCCAUCGUCACUGCCGAUCUUCCCUGGCUACAUUGUUCUUAGUCAUUCUGUGCACUGUUGCUUUCGUCCUGGCACGCUUGCUGGACUCCAGUUCAAAUUUUCCAGGAAAUUACUCGCCAAAAUCAAUAUUCGCUGGCAUCACAUUUCCUAAAUACCCUCUUCUUCACGACCCUUGGAAAAAUCCCAAGAGGAAUCCCAUUGAAAUCCCGAUGACUUGCUCACACACUAACAGUACUGUACAAAUUACUUGCCCCACAAGCUACUAUCCACUAAAGUUUUCAAAAUCAGACGAAAAUUUAGAUUCAGACCCAGACCCAGACCCAGAUGCGGCACUGCAACCCACCUGCCCUGAUUACUUCCGUUGGAUCCACGAAGAUCUUUGGCCAUGGAGGGAGACAGGAAUCACAUUAGGCAUGGUGGAGGCAGCUAAAAGAACAGCUAGCUUCCGACUGGUAGUAGUUAAUGGGACAGUUUACGUGGAGACUUACCGGAGGUCAUUUCAGACUCGAGAUGUUUUCACGCAAUGGGGAAUUUUACAGUUGCUACGGUUGUACCCGGGUAGAUUACCUGAUUUGGAUAUGAUAAUCAGCUGCGCCGACCAGCCGACUGUGGUAAAACAGUUUUAUCCCAAUCCAAAUGCCUCGGCUCCACCAGCCCUGUUUAGCUAUGAUGGAGAUGAUGCCACCUUUGACAUUGUUUUUCCGGAUUGGUCAUUUUGGGGAUGGCCUGAAAUUGCUAUAAAGCCAUGGGAGCAAUUGUCGAAGGACUUGAAAGAAGGGAACGAGCGGAUGCAAUGGGUGGACAAGGAGCCGCAGGCAUAUUGGAAGGGCAACGCUAAACUUACGCUUUCAAGGAAGGAUUUGCUUAGGUGCAAUGUUUCGGGCAAACAAGACUGGAAUGCUCGUAUCUACCAACAGGACUGGCACAGUGAAGAACGACAAGAUUUCAAAAACUCCAACUUAGCCAACCAAUGCAUUCACAGAUUUAAGAUAUAUAUUGAAGGAUUUGGGUGGUCCGUUAGUCAAAAGUACAUUCUUGCUUGUGAUUCUGUUACUUUAAUGGUCAAGCCACGUUACUACGAAUUCUUCUCAAGAAGUUUGAUACCUUUGCAACACUAUUGGCCCAUAAGAGAUAUAAACAAGUGCAGAUCAAUCAAGUAUGCUGUUGAAUGGGGCAAUAACCAUCAGGAAGAGGCACAGGCCAUUGGCAAAGCAGCGAGUAGAUUUGUUCAAGAGGAACUGCAAAUGAAAUAUGUGUAUGAUUACAUGUUUCACCUCUUGAAAGAGUAUGCUAAGCUUCUAAAGUACAAGCCAAGUGUUCCUCCAAAUGCAAUUGAAGUUUGUUCAGAGUCAAUGGCCUGCCCAGCUGAUGGAUUGGUGAAGAAGUAUAUGAUGGACUCAGUUGUUACAGGUCCCUCUAAUGAAGCUCCAUGCACCAUGCCUCCUCCUUAUGGUCCUGCUACAUUUCAUUCAAUUUUGGAGAGAAAAGAAAGCAGAAUAAGGCAAGCGGAGACUUUGGAAGAACAGUACCGGAAUAGUCAAAACAAUCACAAGUAGUUAAUACAGGCUAAGAUGUUUUUCUUCUUCUGGUUUGUCAUUUCCAUGCAAAUGUCUAAACCAUAUAUUUCCAUCUGGUUUCUCUUCCUCACUAUUAUUCUAUUUGGGAUUAUUCGGGGGAAUAUUCA